UUGGGUUAUUUUGUAAAUUAAACGUUACUGUCCUCUUUAAUCUCCCUUCCUUUCCCUUUCUCUACAUUGCGUUUCUCAUCUCAUAUUGUCCACCCAAAGGGCCAAACCCUCUCUCUUUCUCUACCAUUUGCUCAGUGGGUUCUGUUUUCACACCUCUUUCUUUUCUCGAGAAAGGAAAGGAAAUUAUUUAUUUUUAUUUUUAUUUUUUCAAGAGAAAGAGCUGCUCCUCAGAUUAAAGAGGUUUUUUCUCAUCAUCUUCCCGGAAAUUCCAGGCCUGUUUUUGGUUUUCUGCUUCAUAUUUUUUAGAUAGAUCGGUGCCUUCAUCUGGAUAUCCUAAAGUGUACAUGACAAUUUGUUUUCGCUGAAGAUCAGUCUGACUUUUAUUCUGUAAGUUACUAGGAUAUUUAUAUUUGCCCUAAUGCAAGGGCAGAGAGGUACUAUUGGUUCCUUGCCUGAAACCCUUGACUUUGACCAUGGAGCUACGUCAAACAAUGCUGCUUUAGAUCAGCAGAUAUGCUGGAAUAAUUUGCGAAAUCCUGCAGAUAAUCGAAUGCCAGACUAUAUGCUAUCACCAAGUGAUAUGAACAUUACACUUGUGAAUUCUAUGAGCCGUGAACGACAGAGCAGACGGUGCUUAGGUGAACCCAGUUCUAGUAACACACAGAAUGAAGUUAGUCUUGAUGAGCGGAAAACGGAACUUGGAUGGUCAUCUUCAAUAAGUCCUUGUGCUGUAUCUGGUCCAAGGUUAGAAGAACGACGUUGUGCACCUACUAGUAACCUCUCACUAGAUAAUAAUUCGAACCAUGUGUUUACACAAAGUUCCAGUUCUGAUGCAAUCCCUCAGAAUCUCAACUUAAAUGCAAGUUUUGUGGGUCAUAGCAGUGAGAAUACUCAAGUCAUGGAGUGUCCUAAUUCAUUCAAGUGUGUUGUGUCUGAAAAUGAGCAGAUUCAUCCUGCCAGUGGUUCUGAUCCUUUUCUGCUUCCUUCUCGAGGUGCUGGAUUUUUGGUGGGAGAGAAUGAUGGUAGACCAGGUUGUUCAUUGGAGGGACGACGGGCAUCUUGUAAAAGAAAAGCUAUAGAGGGAAAUGUUGGACAAUCUUCUGUAAGUGGAAGUUGUAGCUACUAUCAGCAUGCAGAAAGUAGUGCAAGGCCUGGAGUUCCUACCCGCUAUAAUGCUGGCAGCGGUCUAAGCGUAUCUGCUUCAUCAGAACAGUGGAACCCAAUACUUGGGUUAGGUGGGAGAGAAGUAACUUCUGACAACCUUCCUGAUUCUAGUGUGUCUGGAAGCUCUGAAAGCUCCCAUAGAAACUUCCGUGUUAGGACAAAUCCUUCGAAUCAACAAAAUUCUAUUUCUCCUUCUAUAUUCUCAACGGGGAGGACGGUUAGGCAUUCAAGUGUUAUGUCAUCCCAAUUGUCUCCAAGUCUUCUUCCUGUGGAUCAUAAUAUGGACUUACGUCCAGCCCCUGCAGUAGAUAGUAUGAGUGCUCAAAGCCAGCCUCCUGCCAUUCAUGUUCCUCCUUUACCGCAAAAUAUGCAAUCAUUAAGGUGGAGUGGAGGUUCUAGCUCAAGAACUGGAAAUUCAUCAAGCUCUAUGGUUCAUGGAGAUAGAGAUGCCCCAGCACGUGAGGAAUUGAGCUCUAGAAGCCUUGCAAGAAAUAUGUUGGAUCAUUCCAUAUUUGUACCUGUUACAGAACUUAGAAAUUUGGUUCGACAUCCGGCAGGGCGAACUUUAACUGGUGGAAAUAUUAGUAUCCCUGGAAAUGUGCCUCCUGCAUCUCGGCCCAGCUCAAGUUCAAGUGCCCAUCCAUCGCCUGCUCCUGCCUGGGUUCCUCAUCACAAUUCUCCUCCUCAAUAUCCACGUAGAAUAUCAGAAUAUGUUCGUCGAACCUUGUUUUCUUCUGCUGGAACUGAGUCUGGGAGCCAGAGCAGUAGCUAUCUGCCAAUGCGUUCUGGUCACCCUGCUUCCUCCCAGGAGAUGGUGCUUCCAUCUGGAGCUGGUAAUCAGGGUUAUCAUCAAGCACACCCAAGGUCAGCAUCAUGGAUGGAGAGACAAAAUGAUGGUGGACUUGGAAUUCACUAUUCGCUACGAUCUUUGGCUGCUGGCGGUGAAGGAAGCAACAGGAUUGUAUCUGAGAUUCGCAAUGUCUUUGGUCUCAUGCGAAGGGGUGGUGAGAGCUUACGGUUUGAGGAUGUUAUGAUUCUUGACCAGUCGGUAUUUUUUGGGGUGGCUGAUAUUCACGAUCGGCAUAGAGACAUGCGACUUGAUGUUGAUAACAUGUCUUAUGAGGAGUUAUUGGCUCUGGAAGAGCGCAUAGGAAAUGUGAGCACUGGAUUGAGUGAAGAAACUAUACGAAAUCGUCUGAAACAGAAGAAAUAUUCUGUAGCUGUAGUAUCUCAAUUGGAGGCAGAACCGUGCUGUAUAUGUCAGGAAGAUUAUAAUGAAGGAGAAGAUCUUGGAACGCUUGAAUGCGGCCAUGAUUUCCAUUCUGACUGUAUUAAACAGUGGCUGAUGCACAAGAAUCUGUGUCCCAUUUGCAAAACAACAGCCUUGGCAACAUGAGAGAGGGUUUAUGUUUUGCAGGCUAUUUGAUCCUCAAAUUGGACAAAAAGGAGUGCUAUGAUGUUGGGUUUUUGCCUAAAAUGCUUCAUUAUGUCCAUUUGUCAUAUUGAUAAAUGCCUUGCUUCGCAUUGUUGUUCCGGUUGAAAGCCUAGUCAAUGGCCACCACUAGGUGAAAAGAGUCAUGAGCCAAAUUUUUACAUUUUUAAUUUUAUUUUAAGCCAGUGAUCUCCUAUUGGAGUGGCUGGAAAUUUCGAAUUCAGGAAAGCAAACUUGUACGACUUUUCAUUUAUUAAUGAAUGACUGGUUUAUGAA